UAAUAAGACGAUAUGGUUGUUGGCACUACUUCAUCAGGAAAAACUGCAUCGCAGUUCAAGGACAAGAGCAAGCCUGUAGAAGUCCGUUCUUCAAACAUUGUUGCUGGCAGAGCUGUUGCCAGUGCAAUUCGGACCUCACUCGGACCAAAAGGCAUGGACAAGAUGAUUCAGUUUGGUCGUAAUGAAGUGGUGAUUAGUAACGAUGGUGCUACCAUUCUCAAGCAUAUGGCUGUCAUGCAUCCUGCUGCUAAAAUGCUUGUUGAUCUGUCUGCUGCUCAAGAUGUAGAGGCUGGUGACGGUACCACGUCUGUUGUUGUUCUUGCUGGCAGUCUGCUUGGUGCUGCCGAAUCUCUUCUUGAAAAGGGAAUUCAUCCAACUACCAUUGCAGAGUCCUUCACUCGUGCUGCUGACAAGGCAACCGAGUUUCUAACUUGCAUGUCAACCCCACUCGAUCUAAACGAUCGCGAGUCCCUUCUCAAGAGCGCAUCUACUUCUCUCAACUCAAAAAUUGUAUCUCAAUACUCUUCGUUGCUUGCUCCCAUUGCUGUUGACUCUGUUUUGCGUGUCAUUGAUCCUGCUGUUGCUACCAAUGUUGAUCUUAAAGACAUUCGUCUUGUCACAAAAGUUGGAGGUACCAUUGAUGAUACUCAACUGGUUGAUGGUUUGGUCUUGACUCAAAAUGUGAUCAAGAGUGCUGGUGGUCCCACUCGCAUGGAAAAGGCAAAAAUUGGUUUGAUUCAGUUCCAGCUAUCACCUCCUAAACCUGAUAUGGACAAUCAAGUUAUUGUGAACGACUAUCGUCAGAUGGACAAGAUUCUCAAGGAAGAGCGUCAAUACCUUCUUAAUAUCUGCAAAAAGAUUAAAAAAACUGGCUGCAAUGUUCUUUUUAUUCAAAAGUCAAUCCUGCGUGAUGCAGUCAAUGAACUCUCGCUACACUUUUUGUCAAAAUUAAAGAUUCUUGCUGUCAAGGAAAUUGAGCGUGACGAGGUCGAGUUUAUCUGCAAGUCAACUGGAUGUCGUCCUAUUGCCGAUGUUGAUUCGUUUACCGAAGACAAACUUGGUUACGCCGAUCUUAUCGAAGAAGUCACUUCAGCCGGUGCCAAAGUGGUCAAGGUAACAGGUGUCAAGAACUCGGGAAAAACCGUCUCGGUGCUUGUUCAUGGUGCCAACCAACUGGUUCUUGAUGAGGCUGAGCGAUCACUUCACGAUGCACUCUGUGUGAUACGAUGCCUUGUUAAAAAGAGAGCCUUGAUUGCUGGUGGUGGUGCACCUGAAAUUCAAGUCAGUCUACGUAUGAUGGAGUAUGCCAAGACACUCAAGGGCAUGGAAGCUUACUGCUUUGAAGCAUUUGCUGAAGCUUUAGAGAUCAUUCCUACCACUUUGGCAGAGAAUGCUGGUCUCAAUCCCAUUACUAUUGUCACUGAACUGCGUAACCGACACGCUCGUGGUGAAAGCACUGCUGGUAUCAAUGUUCGUAAGGGUACCAUUUCCAAUAUUUUGGAAGAGAAUGUCAUUCAGCCUUUGCUUGUAUCUACUAGUGCGAUCCAACUGGCUGCUGAAACUGUCAAAAUGGUUAUGAAGAUUGAUGAUAUUGUUGCUGUUCGAUAAACCAAAAAAAUGAUUUUUAAUUAAAAUGCUUGACACAAAUU